CAGUAAAAAACUCAGAGGUCUUCCUCUCUCUGCCAAAACUUUAUUACCCCCACACUCUCUGAGAUUCUGAGCCAUUAUUUUUUCAUUUUUCCUUUCUAUUCGUAGAAGAAAUAUCCAGUUGAAAAACCCAAUUUCCAGAUUAAAUUUACCUUUCUUAAUAGGCGAGAUAUUGGGUUUUGUUCAUUGUUUUUCUCCCUACCUUUUAUUCGCAAUCAGGUGAAUUGGGUGUCAUUCAUUUCGCAUUUCAUGAAGGAUGUAGGUUGAGUAAAUUUUGUGGAAUUGAAAGCGGCUAUAGAUAGUGGCUCUUCCUGACAUUGAUAACUUGAGGCAAUUUGUCAUUGGAAUGCUCACCUUAGCAAUCAGGGAAACAUAUAGUGGUGCUCUGUAGGAUCAUUGCGAUGGUUCAAUUUUUCAUUUUCUUAAAGAAAAUGAUCAGAUUUUUCAAUUCAAAUAUGACUUAUGAAAUCUGAAUGUUGUUAAUUCAUGAAGUUCAGUUUGUGAUAAAUGUAUCAUCCAAAGAACAUUUCUAGUACUACCCUGGUGCCCACCAAGCCAUCAUCUCGUGAUCCACAAAUUGAUAAUGCUAAGAUGGCUGCAAAUAGUGGAGGGAACCCCGUUAACAACUCAAAUAUGGCUUCAAGGCAGCGACUGAGGUGGACAAAUGAGCUUCAUGAGCGCUUUGUGGAUGCUGUUGCACAGCUUGGUGGACCGGAUAGGGCUACUCCAAAAGGUGUUUUAAGAGUUAUGGGUGUGCAAGGAUUAACCAUAUAUCACGUCAAGAGUCAUUUACAGAAAUAUCGACUGGCAAAAUAUCUUCCUGAGUCGUCAUCUGAUGGAACAAAACCUGACAGGAAAGAAUCUGCUGACAUGUUGUCUAACUUAGAUGCUGCAUCAGGAAUGCAAAUAACUGAAGCAUUGAGGAUGCAGAUGGAGGUGCAGAAACGACUGCACGAGCAACUAGAGGUGCAGAGGCAGCUCCAGCUACGCAUCGAAGCCCAGGGCAAGUACCUCCAAAAAAUAAUUGAAGAACAACAGAGGCUGAGUGGUGUGCUUGCCGGAACUCCAGCUAUUGUGCCAGAAUCCGGUGACCACAUGCCAGAACCUGAUGCAAAAACUGACCCAGCAACCCCAGCUGUCACCUCUGAGGCCCCUUUAAAAGAUGAACCCACAAAAACAAAGUGUUUGGUAGCUAAGAGUUUCUCACAGGAGGAAUCAUUCUCUUCAAGGCAUGAGCCUCCCACUCCCGACUCUGGCUCCCCUGGAUCAAGCCCUUGUGCUGAAAGGCCUGUAAAGAAGCAACGUGGGCUUGAGCCUAGUGGGCUAGGUGGGCUAGGUCACCCAAUACUCGAGUCAAGCUCUGGGUCAGUUUUUAGGCAGGCAGAUAUGUGCUCUGCUUACUCCUCUUUGGAGGGGGUUUCGGGACGUUUCGAUUCACUGGGGUCGGUGUCUCUUUGUGAGAGAGAAGGGUUUGGGGAUGCUUCUGGGGCCGAGUUAUAGGAAAUUGGAGGCGUUUUUCGUCCUAGUCUUUGAAGUUCAUGUUUUCGAGUUUGCUCCAUUUUACUUCUUUUUUCUCUUGAUGUAUGUUUAGACUGCAGAAUUCGAAUUAAAGCUGUAUGUGACAUUUUAAUGAAUAUGUACCAGUUAUAAUGCAGAAUGGCUUCUGUCCAUAGCCCCUAAG